GCGGGCCGCCUGUUGCUUCUCCACAGGGCCGCGUUCUUCGUCUUGCCCCCGUGAGGAGUAGGGAAGCUCGUCUCGCUGAGGGAAGGGCUGCUUCUCGCGCCAGAGGUGAUGGCGGGCGGGGAGGUUGUCCCUGCCCCCCACCUCCACAUCCGUGGGCGAGUGACGCCCCUCAUCCCGCUGAGGAAAAGGGAGCUGUCAGGUCCUCGGGCCGCCGGCCCUGCCAGUGGGGGCGGGGGGGGGGGUCUUCCUCUCCCGGUGCCUGCCUUCCCCGCGGGAGGCUGUUGCUAGGGAGAGCGGGGAUGGCGGGCUUCCCGCGGGGCGUCGUGGCGGGAGAGGGCGACCCACUCCGGGCGACCGCGGGCCGCAGCCUGCCGAGAUGUGGCAGUCAGCGUCUGUCCCCUGAGGAAGGUGGGAGUCAAUCACUUUGACAAGUCUCCUGGAAGGAACAGCCAGCGGGAGUUGAAACCUUUUUCCAUUUGGUCUCGUGGCAAAGGCAGAGAUUGCUCCAGCAGCUCCACACAAUAUGACGUGUUCACUCUUGCCCUCUGAACAGUCUUCUGGUGCCUCUUUUCUGCCUAAAAGCAAUGCCUCAUUUCCUUGGGGUUCCUUGGAUGAAGAUGAGUUGGAUGACUCCUUGUUGGAGUUUUCUGAUGGAGAAGAAGAUGAUGGCCAUUUCAGUUUCACAGAGGAAGAGAUUGAGAUGCUCUUGAAGGACGAUGAUGGUGGGCAUAAUGAGUAUAGACCAAGAAAGAGUCAAAUUCUACCUGAUAUUCCUCAAGAAAAUUCUUUGUACAGCUUGGGACCAGCAGCUGAAACCCCUGGCUUCCUAAAACUACCUCAACUAAGUACAUCAGUUGGUCAUGGACCUACUCCUAGUAAAUCAUUAAACAGACACUUUGUACUUGAAAAGAAUCUUAUAAAAGUAACUGUUGUCGCACCAUUUAAUCCAACAGUUUGUGAUCCUGUGCUUGAUAAAGACAAGAUCGAUUCCUCCAAAGAAACGGAAAAUCCUGCCUCCCUUCGGGAACAGACGAGAGAAGAUGACCCUCAACCUAAUGAGAGUAAACGUUGCACUGAGCCUGAAGGGGUCAGUCCCAAUACCUCUGCUUGGGAUGGGCCCCUGCUUUCUUCUCCUUCAAACAAUAACAUCGAACAAACUGCCUCUGAUAAAAAUAUACCUGAAAGUAAGAAACCUACCCCUGUGUUCUCUCAGAUCUCCAACCAUUCAGAGGUCCCCAACAGGAAAAACAGUGGCUCACAUAAAUCAGGUUGUGAAGUGAGAAUUCCAGUUGUGUCCAGUUCAUCAAACAGACAUGCCUUUGACAAGGAUUCUGGGGAGGCGAAAGGUGAGAGAAGACUAGGCAAAGUCAUUCCUGUUCUACAAACUAGAACCAGGAUGUUUUCACAAUCAGAGCUAGAAAAACAGAAGGACAUUUAUCUCAGCAAAGUCAUUGCUCAUAUAGAAGAUCCAGGGGACUCUAACCAAGGUACCUUGGGAGAGCUAGAUGCCCUGAUGGAUCAAGUUCAUAUGCAGCACCCAGACUGGCAGCAUCCUUCAGAUCUUACCACACGAAACUACGCCCGGUUCCGACAGAGGCCUCUGCAGAGGUACAGUCUGAGUCAGUGGGUUGACAGAAACAAGCGGAGCCACCAUCGGUUCCAGCGUCUCCCAGACUUCUCCUACAGUCCAUAUGUCUCAUCCCAUCAACAGUGACAGUUCCUGCCAAGGGUCCCGUCCAGAGCAGCAUCACAUUUUCCUCUGCUAUUUUUGUUUGUAUAUUUUGAGUUUUAUUUCACAAGAUUUUUAUUUAAAGAAUUUGUCACCUUUUGGAAAUGCCCAUUACUGUCUUGAAUUUUUGUUUUUUAAUGAGGGCCACCCCCCACCCCUGAUUUGUAUGUCUGUCUGGUGAAUAUGUUUCAGCAGUGUUAAGUAUUGUUUUUCUGUUUGUUCACUGUUGUUGUUGUUGUUGCUGUUUUUAAAUUUUAAAUGAAGGUAAUUCUCUUUUGAAGGCCUGCAUUAAGUCAGAACAGUCAGGCUUUGAGUAAAAUACCAGCUGUAAGGGCAGGCAGACUCACCUUCCAGUCUACUGUAAGGAAGAGGCUGUUUUGCAAGCUAAGAGCCGGUAUUAUUAUUGUUGACUUGUGAAUAGAUAGAAGUCACUUUUAACGACCCCUCUUUUUAAAUUUGAGUUUCUUGAAUACUUGUCAGUAUUUUAAUGUUGCCAAUUCAGUACAUUUGAAAUAGGAGAAGGAGAAAAGUCCUGUUGAAGGGCUAGAUUAAAAGUGUAAAUCCUCUCCUUUCUGUACCUAUUAGCUGCCUUUUUAAAAAAUUAUUAGUGGCUUUUUUCACUCUCUAUUAGAUAUAUUUCGUUCAUAAUGUUUGAAAUCUUACACAUCUUAACUGACAGAAGACAGCUGAAUAACCCUUGUUCAAUACUCUGUGGUCUUGUGACUGGUUGGUUUCUCUGCCCCAUUGUUUUCUUUUCCUUUUCCCACUCCCAGUGACCGGUUAGUCCUGAAGCUUUGCAGUAAGUGUUCUUAUGUCCUGUUAGACUGAGACAUGGCUCUCAGGUGCCCUCUGUCUGCUGAAGAAAUCCUGUCAGAAUCCUGACUGUCGUUAGGCCGGCACAGAAUCCUGACUGUUGUUAGGCCAGCACAAUUGGGAUGUCUAGGAAUCUUCAGUUCUGUCUUCGGAACCCGAGUUUAUGUGUUGCUGCUGUUCAAGGAACCUUCGUCCUAUGAAAUCCUUGGGAGAGUCACUGGCCUCUCCCGUUGGUUACAGGUACCCUUAUACCCUGGAUGUUAGCGUUGUAGUUGUAGCAUUGGGUCCAUUGUUUCACAUUAGUGUUUGAGCAUCUUGGGAAAGUACGAUUGAGCCCGUGCACCGCACCACCACCAUGCACCGCGUAAGGUGUGGUGUUCCAACCAAAGCGCUAGGCUCUGUGUACUGUCUUAAUGGAUGUCCUAAAAGAUCUGUAUUUCUUACAGGCAGCUCUAGAGAUCAUUCUGAGAGGGUUUACAAUAUGACACUCCUGCUGCUGCAGUCACUGUGGGAGUGAUUCAUAGUUGCCUAGCCUCUGUCUCAUUUUAUAUGUGGCUAACCCACCCUGAAUAGUCUACUCUGCCUCAGAAAAAUGAUCUUUUUGUUCUGUUUUGUUUUUGCUUUUCAAGACAGGGUUUCUUUGUAUACUCCUGGCUGUCCUGGAACUCGCUCUUAGACUGGGCUGGCCUUAACUCACAGAGCUCUGCCUACCUUGCCUUCUCACUGCUGGGAGUAAAAGGAUGAAUCACCAUUGUUGGACUGAAAAAGUGACUGUGAUUAGGAAAAUCUUGAUUUUGUUUGUUUUGUUUUGUUUUGUUUUCAAGCCUUUAAUAGGUUUGGAUAAAUGUUCCCAAGUGUGUGUUAGUUUUAUCUAGUGAAAGUUUUUUCUUCUUUCCUUCCUUUUUUGCGGCAGGGUCUCCUAUAAAGCCUAGGCUAGCCAUCAACACACUAUUUAACCCAAGAUGGUCUUGCACUUCUGAUUUUUCUCUCCCUCCAGCCCCUCACCCCUCAGACAGGUUUUUUUUUUAUGUAGCCCUCCUGUCUGGGUAGACCAGGCUGGCCUCAGGACUCACAGAGAUUCACCUGCCUCUGCCUUCUUAGUGCUGGGAUUAAAGGUGUGCACCACCACUCCCUGCUUUUGACAUCCCCCCCCCCGCCCCACCCGCCACCCCCAGAAAGACUUUUCUAUUUCUUAGUUAUUUGGUUUAGAUUCUGGGACCAGACUUUGAAAGGCAGUAGUCCAGUCACCUCUCUUGAUGGGCACGCUUGUUGUUGACCUCAGUUGACUUGUCCAAGAUGCUGUGAGUUAGCCUGUUAGACUGAGAUAUGCCAAACAACCCACCUAUGGGACCAAAACAAAGUGCAGAUUAGCUACCGCUGGAGUAGCUAGCAUUGGGGCUGAAUGGUUCCCACGGGGAGCCCAGGGAGUGGAGGGACAGCAAAGCUCCUGCUCUCCUGCUACCAGGAGGAAUUAAGACUGAAUGUAUAAUGGGAGUGCUGCCUCUGUCAGAGCAGAUGAGUGACAGGUUAACUAGAAAAUGUGACAAUCACAUUUCCUCUAGCGCAGAUAAUUCUGUUUUUCCAAAGUGUUAGCAGCUAAUUAAAUCUGGUGGACUGGGGGAGGAGAGAGCUGUUCUGUACUGGUUAACAUGGUAUUCUUUAAGGAGAAAAAAGCCAAAGAAAACUCAUCCGGCAUGUUAGCCUUAAAGAUGGUACUGGCCAGAAGCCGGGGCUUAAUCUCUUCAGAGCUGCAUAUCUCUUAUGUUUGGGUUUGGCCUCUAAGUCUUGUAGAUUAAAUUAAUUCUUGCUGUAUUUUUAAAUUUGAGUAAGGGUUAUGUGCAUUUAACUGUGUUCCUGUCUUUUAUCAUCCCUGGGGACGUUCUUACCAUAGGGGUCUUGACAAAGCAAAGCUAAAAUGUGUUGUUGAUAAAUAGUUCCUGUGUAGGUCAGGAGCCGAAAUAACAAUAGCUCUGCAGCUCAUCGGGCUCUGAUUUACUCGAGUUGUUGUCGGGGUCGAUUAUGAAACUGAAGUUUGGUGCCUCCUUUUUUAUCAUGUUUUUCCCCUUGUAGCAGUUGUGUUUAAUGUCAUUAAAAAGAAAUAAAAGUUCUCGUCAGUGGCA